CCUUUUUUUUAAAAGUAAUACCUACACCACAGCUCAGUGACCCAUCGUUGGAGCACGGCCUAAAAACAAAUACUGUCAAUAACAUGCUUCAGUAUCAACAUCAUACAAACGCUGCAGCAGCACCUCCUACUCAUAUAUUACCACCAAAAUCUUCAAGUUAUCAAUUACAUAUCCCAGAGGGAACAGCGCGUGUACUGCAACAUAUAAUAAAUCCACCACCCCCACCACCGCCGAUAGAAGAUUCCAAACAACAACAAACGAGUGCCACCACCGGUCUGCAUCCUCAGCACGCACAGAAGGAUAUGAAAGUGUUGAGGGAGGUUUUCGAGGAAACUUUAUAUGAAACAAUCUCCCAGUCUCCUUCAACAUCAGGAACUCAAGAAAUUGUAGUGCCACAACCUUCCGACGUCGCUCCCUCCUCCUGGUUCGAGCCCUCUACGCCUCGAGAGUUAGGCAGGGCGUCGCUGGCAUGGUUAGAGUAGAAGACGCCCAUAUUCAGGCAACGCUAUCUUGAAGCUCAAGAAAAAACCAGGAGGUUAAAGGAGGAAGUUGCAGCAGCACGCCUCAAUGAACGACGUCUGGGAGAAGA